AUGCAGGCAGACGGAAUUAUACAAGGCCUUUCAGAAAUUCCUGCACAUAUUCUCCAUGCGGAAUUGCUCCGAAGACAACAGGAGAAUGACGAGCGACCGAAAUGCGGAAGCAAAGGCGGCAAGGGACACUACAAUACACCUGUACAUGUCUUCGCCUUGUUCUUGAUACUCACACUGAGUACUGCAGCUUGCUCCUUCCCCAUUGUUGUCAAGCGCUUUCCCUCGAUACCCGUUCCGCACCAAUUCCUCUUCAUAUCCAGACACUUCGGUACCGGUGUCCUAAUAGCGACCGCCUUCGUCCAUCUUCUCCCGACCGCCUUCGAAUCCCUGACCGACCCAUGCCUACCCCGGUUCUGGAAUGAAGGCUACUCGGCUAUGCCGGGCUUCAUAGCCAUGAGCUCAGUCUUCAUGGUGGUAGGAAUUGAGAUGUUCUUCGCAUCGAGGGGAGCAGGCCACUCACACGCGACUGGCUACGACGACCUAGGCCUCGAUGAUCAUCAUGCGAAUGCGCGCCCAGGACACAAGAGAAGCCACAGUUAUGGGAGGUUUAGCAACGGCACACCGAGAAUAAGUGGCAACGUGCCAGGCAUCGUGCUGCAUGAUGUAGAAUCUUCGGCCAAUCUGAUGGCAGGCCGAUCACCGUCCUUUUCGCUGGCAUCGCCGAUGACGCCUAGCGAUCCCAUGAGCCGGAAGUCCAUGGACGACGAUGAUGACUCCGAUCUUGAGAUAAGCAGGGAGGAGCUGGAACGUCAGAAUGAAGAGCAUUCAGAAGACGAGUCUCGCCUACUGCCCGGUCCCAAUGCUCAGCAUCAUACCCAUGGAUCUGGAGGCAACUCGUCCGAAGACGCCGAGAAAACGGAAGCCCAAAAUAAGAAGCUACUAUUGCAAUGUCUCCUCUUGGAGGCUGGUAUCCUCUUCCACUCCAUCUUCAUAGGUAUGGCCCUCUCAGUCGCCACUGGCACCGCCUUUAUCGUGUUUCUUGUAGCCAUCUCCUUCCACCAAACCUUCGAAGGCUUCGCACUCGGCUCCAGGAUCAGCGCCGUCCGCUUUCCAGUCGGUUCACCCAAACCGUGGUUAAUGGCUCUAGCUUACGGAACCACUACACCCAUUGGCCAAGCAAUAGGCCUGGCUAUCCACACUUUGUACGACCCAGCUAGUGAAGCUGGCUUACUGACUCCUCCUGCUCCAGUUGUUUGCAUCGUCGUACCAAAUCACUCACGUACUCCUUGUUCUCGCCACUUGGCCCUUUGCCUAUGGAUCACAUCAGCAUGA